GUGAGGAGGAGGCAGUGACAGUGGUACCCGGUACCGGUACCUCACCUCCCAGUGUCAGGGGUCAGUGUCGGGAGAGGCCCCGGAGAAGUAACAGUGAAGCGUCUUUGGAGGAAUUCAGGAUAUUUUGCGUUGUGGUGAAAGAUGUGGGGGAGACUAGCGAAGUGGGUGGUGUGGUUGUUGGUGUGGAGUAUGCGGCUGACGGUGUGGCCUUACUCCCGCAUCCUCAGCUUCUUCCGUAAGAAAACUCCACUGCCGGCCAUAGACAACAACUUGCUGCUCCACAGUGCCACCUCCCUGGCCGAGAAAAUCAGGAACAGAGAGAUAGGGUGUGAGGAUGUGGUGCAAGCGUACAUAGCUCGGAUCAAAGCGGUGAAUCCGGAACUGAACUGCGUGGUGCAGGACAGGUUCGAGCAAGCCCUGCAGGAGGCGAGGAAGGUGGACUUGCAGUUAGCAGCUGGGACUAUGACAGAGGAGAGGAUGAGAGAGGAGCGACCGUUGCUGGGGGUGCCUAUCACAGUCAAGGAGAGCAUAGCACUCAAAGGCAUGAGUCACAACAGCGGCAGAGUAAAGCCAAAGCAGCGAGUAGCGACAGAGGACGCCAGCUUCGUCAGACGACUGAAGGAGGCAGGGUGUAUCCCCUUACUGGUCAGCAACACUCCUGAAGUCUGCAUGUGCUGGGAGACCUUCAACAACGUCACUGGUCGUACCAACAACCCCUACGAUGCUAGGAGAACCCCAGGUGGUUCUUCGGGUGGAGAGGCUGCUCUACUAGGAGCUGGUGCGUCAGUGAUAGGGUUGGCUUCUGACAUCGGAGGCUCAGGAAGAUUGCCUGCUCUCUACUGUGGAGUAUACGGUCACAAACCCACCCCAGGUUAUAUUGGGAUAGAUGGUCACAUUCCAGUGUCAGAGGACGAGUCGUGGGGAAACUUCUUCUCCAUAGCUCCGAUGUGCAGGUACGCUGAAGACCUGCCUCUGUAUCUCCACUCCAUCAGCGAUCCCUCCAAGAGAGAAAACCUCAGGCUCAAGCAACCGGUAGAUCUGAAGACGAUCAAGAUAUUCUACAUAGAGGAAGACCCCUCCAUCCUUGCUGAUAGAGUUCACCCUGAGAUAAAGACGUCGAUGAGGAAAGCUGUGGCACACUUUGCCAACAAGUUCAAUAUUAUUGCUCAAGAGAUAAAAAUAAAAGAAUUGGAAGAAGUCUACCAGGUGGCCGGAGUGGUUAUGUUACGUAUGAAGUCCUGCAACUCAGUCUACCAGAAGACCGAAGACAAUCCUGCAGAGUGGAACAGCGUACUGUGGACCUACAUCAAGUACAUCUUUGGAUUCACAGAGCACACUCAUCCUCCGCUCAUCUAUGGACCCAUCAAGAAGUAUGCAGACUCCAUCUCGGAUAAGGAAUUCUCAGAGAUGCUGGAGCUCAAGAGAACGUUGAUGCAGAAGUUUGACGAGAUGUUGGGCGAUGACGGGGUAUUUCUGUAUCCGACUUUCAACGAUCUGGCAAACUACCACCAGCAGUUCUACUACAAGUUACUCAACACCAGUUACUUCACCCUCUUCAACCUGAUAGAGCUGCCAGCCUGCUCCUGCCCUACAGGGCUGGCCAAGGAUGGACGUCCCGUCGGCUUUCAGGUGGCAGCCAACAAGCAUCAGGAUAGGUUAGUGUUUGCUGUGGCGAAGGAGCUGGAGUCUGCCUUCGGAGGGUGGGUUCCACCCCCAUCUAUCCCCACUCAGGAGAAGGAGACUGCCCCCAACCCCAAGCAGACCUUGGAUAAAGUGACCAUCCAAGGUUGAGAAGAACCCUUCUACCUCCUGGUCGUACAGAGGGGCACUAUUUCAUGAUCAAGGUCGACAUUUGAUCAUUCUGACUCGAGGAUCGAGGGUGCUGCCGCUCUAUAUGGGACCAGUACUUACGAUGAUGGUGAUAUUUAGGCUGUGCAGGAUGUUUUUGUUACCUUUUUAUACUCUGAAGGAAUUUGAUACAGAUGUUUUGUGAAUAAAUGUUUAUUAUAGGUUGUGAACCAUUGGGACAUUUAGAAUAAUGAACAGUUGAGAAACAUAAUUCCCAAAAUUAUUUGAUUUUAAAAUUGUUUGACAGUCCCAAAGAAGGUGUUUAUUUUCAAUUCCUAUGUAUUACAUAUCUGUCUGAGCAAACCAUUAUGUGGAGUAAUAUGUUCUUCUCUUCGCUAAAAUAAUAAAUUAUAUCAUAUAAACAUUUAUGUAGCAAAAGACACCAAGCAUUAAAAAAUGAUUGCAUUAUUAAUAUUAUUAUAAAUUAAUAUUCAUAUAUAUAUGAAUAUUAUAUAAUUGAGAGAUCCGGGUUCGAUUCUCGGCGGAACAAUUACUUUUUGUGAUUCAAUGUUUAUUGAAAUUAUAUAUAUACAUAUUUUGAGAAUUACAUAUAGGAACUAUUGAUAAAUUAAAGUAGUGGGAGAAGAAAACUAAUUUCAUUUAGUUAUAUUCUUUAUCAAAAUUAUAAAACAACCAAAAUAUUCUCAUGUAAUCGAUACUGAAUACAUAUUAAAAAAAAACACACAUGUAAACAAAUAAAGGUCAGGUACGCUCUAGUUGUAAACAAUGUAUUUAUCUUGUACAUAUUGUUGUAUUAUAUAAGGUAAGCUAAGAACAAUCUAUUGUAUGCUGAUGAUAUUACCUAUUAAAUAUAAACUAGGUUAAUUACUUUUAAUUAAGUUAAUUUUACACUUUUAUAUAAUUGUUGGAAAAAUAAAACACUUAAAUUAUA